CUUGGCUUGGCGGCCAUGGCGGCGAUGGAGGCGGGCAAGAUGGCGUCGCCCAAGAGCGUCCCUAAGGAUGCCCAGGUGAUGGCCCAGAUCUUGAAAGAUAUGGGGAUUACAGAGUACGAGCCACGGGUUAUAAAUCAGAUGCUGGAGUUCGCAUACCGCUACGUGACAACUAUCUUGGAAGAUGCCAAAAUUUAUUCCAGCCACGCGAAGAAGUCAAGUGUCGAUGCGGACGACGUGAGAUUGGCUAUCCAGUGCCGGACGGACCAGUCGUUCACCUCUCCCCCUCCCAGAGAUUUUUUGCUAGAUAUCGCACGGCAAAAGAACCAGAUGCCUUUGCCGCUGAUUAAGCCAUACUCGGGCCCAAGGCUGCCACCUGAUAGGUAUUGCCUGACAGCACCCAACUACAAGCUGAAGUCUUUGCAGAAAAAGGUCUCUUCCUCUGCUGGAAGGAUAACCGUGCCUCGAUUGAGCGUUGGAGCUGUUACCAGCAGGCCCAGCACGCCAACUUUAGGAACUCCUUCCGCACAGACAGUAUCUGUUUCGACCAAAGUUGGGACUCCCGUGUCACUGACGGGUCAGCGAUUCACCGUGCAGAUCCCCACGUCCCAGACAUCGGUCAAGUCAGCAACUCCAGCUACCCCAACAGUUCAGAACGUCCUCAUUAAUCCCUCCCUGAUGGGCUCCAAAAACAUCCUCAUCACCACCAACAUGGUGUCCUCGCAGAACGCCUCCAGCGAAUCGAACCCCUUGAAAAGGAAACACGACGAAGAGGACGAUUACGACAACUUGUGAAAGGCGGUUUUAGGAAGCCCCGCAGGGAGGCUUUCCGUUCAGGACUGUGGACGGGCGCUGGGUUCAGGCUGGUCACGAUGGGCCCCCAAACUAUUGGUGGCGCUCAGCUACAUCUCGCUCCGUAUCACCUGCUGGAGCUCAGAAUACGGGAGGUGUGGGGAAUCCUCAGGCCGCCCUUUCCUUCCUCCCUGGCUAGAGAAGUGUUUAAAGCGCAUGGGCAGAUGCAGGGAAUUCCAUGUCUCUGAAACAGAUGAGCAGGAGCGCCUCUUGAUCUUUCUGAGCUGCCUCAUUUCCAAGUGCAAGGGUGGGGGAAUCGUUUUCAUAUUCUACCACCUACAAAACUGGGGUGUUGAAUAGGAGAGCCCCCCUCCCCCCCAGCUUUGUGCCUAAAAGGAUCUUCUUAAAUGUGAGCAUUCUGGUACGUCUGAUUUUCAGCAGAGCCCAGCCACCAAGAGAUCACAGAGGGCUUCUGCUUGUCUGUUUUAGUUCUUUCAAUGACAGAAGAAAACCUGAGAGGGAGUGCAAACAGGAGCAUCAGCUAGGGAAAUCUCACGUGUCAGGAAGAGGUCUGGAGGGCGAGGAGGGCAAAAGGCAUGCUUUUCCUUGGGGCAGAAGAUCAGACAGCAGCAGGGUGUGAUCCGUCUGAGCUCAGCGAGUGCAUGCCCUGAAGACCAUGGGGCUGCCUUGGGUGGGGGCCCGCAGUUGUGGAUCUCUCCUGCUAAUGCUAGCAGAACAGAUCUUCAGGAUAAACGGGAUGAAACCCCGUAUGACCUAGCUGUGCAAAAGCUAAAAAUGCACAUAGGUAUUCUACAUUUUCAUUGCUCGGGAAUGUUAUAUAUAUGGAUAACAUCACAAUUCCUCCUUUUUUUUUUUAAUCCUAGGUUUUGUUAUGAAGCUAUGAAAUGUUGUGCAAGGUGCUUUUUUGUUGUUUUACUUUGUUAUUUGUAACGCAAGCAGUAGCUGCAGGGUAAAAGGCAGUUCUGCAGAUGACAAACGUAGAACAAUAGUAUUAAGUUGUGGAGUUGGGACAGUUAAGCUAUUUUCCCCCCUCAGAAGGCAGCAUUCUUCUUGAAUAAAGACAUUUUAUGAGAAGUGGGGUAAGAGUGCUCUUACGAGUCUAGAUCCCUCCAUGCAUCUGACGAAGAGAGCUGUGGUUUUCGAAAGCUUGUGGUACAAUAAAGUUAGUUGAGUCUUAAA